AUCACUGCGGGUGAUAGAGAGGGGCACUCUCUGAUUUUGGUGAGCGGGUGAAGCUCAGAGCAGCAAAAAUGGCGACGGGGGGAGGAAGCAAGAACAAGAAGAAAGCAGCUGCUGCCGUCUCUCUGGAGCAAUUCGUCUCCACCAUGUCCCCUUUGAUCGAUUUGGAAAAGGAAGCUGAGAUAUCGGCGUCCAUCAGCUCAGGCGCUUCCAGAAACUUGGAUACUGCUCAGAAGAGAGGAUCCACUAUCCUCAACCUGAAGUGCGUUGACGCUCAGACAGGUCUGAUGGGGAAAACUCUGCUUGAAUUUCAAUCUACGAAAGGGGAUGUCCUUCCUGCUCACAAGUUUAGCACUCAUGAUGUGGUCGUCCUAAAACCUAAUAAGGCUGAUUUAGGUUCUCCUGCUCUUGGGCAAGGUGUGGUUUACCGGUUGAAGGAUUCAUCAAUAACUGUUGCUUUUGAUGAUAUUCCAGAAGAAGGUUUAAAUGGUCCCCUGCGACUGGAAAAGGUGGCAAAUGAGAUUACAUACCGUAGGAUGAAGGAUGCCUUAAUACAGCUGAGUAAAGGUGUGCAGAAGGGACCAGCAGCUGAUUUAAUUCCCGUUCUAUUUGGAGAAAGACCCCCUACCAUCUCCAAAAAGGAGGCUACAUUCCGGCCCUUUAAUCCCAACCUUGAUCACUCUCAGAAAGACGCCAUAUCAAAGGCCCUGUCAUCUAAAAAUGUGUUUUUACUGCAUGGGCCUCCUGGAACGGGGAAAACAACAGCUGUGGUGGAAAUCAUCCUACAAGAAGUCAAGCGUGGAUCUAAGAUCCUUGCAUGCGCUGCUUCCAAUAUUGCUGUAGAUAAUAUAGUUGAACGAUUGGUUCCCCACAGAGUGAAGUUGGUGAGGUUGGGGCAUCCUGCACGCUUACUGCCUCAAGUACUGGACAGUGCAUUGGAUGCACAGGUCCUUCGAGGGGAUAAUAGUUCACUUGCCAAUGACAUUCGGAAGGAAAUGAAGGCAUUGAAUGGAAAGUUGUUAAAAACCAGAGACAAGAACACACGGAGGGACAUUCAGAGGGAGCUUAGGGCUCUUUCCAAAGAAGAGCGCAAGAGGCAGCAGCUAGCUGUGACAGAUGUCAUAAAGAAUGCUCAUGUUGUUCUGACAACAUUAACUGGUGCAUUUUCUCGUAAGUUGCACAAUUCUUCCUUUGAUUUAGUGAUCAUCGACGAAGCUGCUCAAGCACUUGAGGUAGCUUGCUGGAUAGCUCUACUGAAGGGUUCAAGAUGUGUACUUGCCGGGGAUCAUCUUCAGCUACCUCCAACUAUCCAAAGUGUUGAGGCCGAGAAGAAAGGUCUAGGACGAACCCUCUUUGAACGCCUUGCCGAGUUAUAUGGUGAUGAAGUAACAGCUAUGCUCACAGUUCAGUACCGCAUGAACGAGCUUAUUAUGAAUUGGUCCUCGAAGGAACUCUACAACAGUAAGAUUGAAGCUCAUGCCAGUGUUGCGGGCCAUAUGCUCUUUGAUCUCGAGGAUGUAAAGAAGUCAACUUCAACCGAACCAACCCUACUUCUUGUAGACAUAGCCGGGUGCGACAUGGAAGAGAAGAAGGAUGAAGAGGAGAGCACAAUGAAUGAAGGGGAAGCUGAGGUUGCAAUCGCCCAUGCAAAAAGGCUUGUAAAUGAUGGAGUUCGGGCUUCAGAUAUUGGGAUAAUUACACCUUAUGCUGCACAGGUUGUCUUGCUUAAAAUUCUCAGAAGCAAUGAAGACAAAAUUAAAGAUGUGGAGAUCUCGACGGUGGAUGGUUUCCAAGGUCGAGAAAAGGAAGCAAUUAUUAUAUCGAUGGUCCGGUCAAACUCGAAGAAAGAGGUGGGGUUUCUGAGUGAUCAAAGGCGAAUGAAUGUGGCUGUGACACGGGCAAGAAGGCAAUGUUGCCUGAUCUGUGACACUGAUACUGUGAGUAGCGAUGAAUUCUUGGAACGUUUAGUUCAGUAUUUUGAGGAGAACGGUGAGUAUCUAAGUGCCUCAGAGUACUGCAAUGAAUGAUGGGGACUUCUCACUUCUUGGCAUAUGGUAACCUUCAAAUGGGCUUCUUGGAAGAUAAUCCUACCUUCUUUGGGAGUGCCGCUACUGGGAAGAUUAAUCAGACCUUCCUGCUGUUUCUUAGCCGAUAAUCAAUUCUCGAUUGCUGGAAAAGAGGAACAAUGGUUGAUAUGAUAAUCGUCUGGCAGUUUUUUGUUUUCUUUUAUCCAUGUAAACUCUUUCUGUUGCACGAAGCAUAGGAUUUUGAAAGAAAAGAUUCCAAAUAUGAAUGCAUAAUCUGAUCAUGACAUGGUAGAUCUUAUCAUAGUACUUGGAAAAAUCAGAUUCCUGCUG